GCGUGCGCGGCAGCAGGAGGUCCACGUAACUGCAUGUAACCAACCGCCAAGUAAGAUUGCAGUUGGGGAACACGAACACUACAUACAUAUGCAUGCACAGCACUCUGCACUCCUCUCCUCUAGCUAGAUCGAUCGAUCGACCAUGGAUCCAUCCAAAUCCAAGAUAGAUGAUAUGAAGGUGAAGGUGAAGGAGGGCGGCGGCGGGGUGGGCGCGUGGACGGUGGUGGCGCACGUCCUAGCGGUGGCGGCCACGGCGCUGGUGCUGCUCUGGAGCAUCCACUUCCGCGGCGGCCUCGCCCUGCGCUCCCACGACAAGCAGCUCAUCUUCAACACGCACCCGGUCCUCAUGCUGCUCGGCCUCGUCGUCCUCGCCGCCGAGGCCAUCCUCUCCUACCGCUCCUUCCCCCACCUUCUUCUCUCCAGGGACGCCCGCAAGAAGACGCACCUGGCGCUGCACGCCGUCGCCCUCGCCCUCGGCGCCCUCGGCAUCUACGCCGUCUUCAAGUACCACGCCGAGGCCGGCAUCCCCAACCUCUACUCCCUCCACUCCUGGAUCGGCAUCGCCACCAUCUCCCUCUACGCCCUCCACUGGCUCGCCGCCUUCCUCACCUUCUUCUUCCCCGGCGCCCCCCACCCCACCAGGCGCUCCGCCCUCCCAUGGCACGCGCUCCUCGGCCUCCUCGUCUUCGCGCUCGCCGUCGGCAACGCGCAGCUCGGCUUCCUCGAGAAGCUCACCUUCAUGCAGGCCCCGCCCCUGCGCCUCUCCAGGUACGGCCCGGAGGCGCUGCUCGUCAACUUCACGGCGCUCGUCGUCCUCUUCCUCGGCGUCGCCGUCCUCCUCGCCACCGCCAACAUCGACACCACAAGCAGGUACACCGCCAUGUAAUCCAUAUGCAGGCAUACAUGUGCAUCUUGUAAUCAAUAAAUUAUUUAAAAUUAUUCCUCUCUCAUCAUCUUCAUCUUCUUAUUAGUAUGUUUGUAUCGAUGUAGUGUGUAUAUGUAAGCACUCGAUCAUCUGUAAAUCAAAUCGUUUCUGUACGUGCGUGAGUUUUCUUUCUUGUACAAAUUAAGCAGUAAUUUAAUAUUUGGU